AUGUCGAAUAGUACAAAAUCAACGAUUGAAUCAGCACCCGUUGCUGAAAAUGGUCCAUGGGCAUCGUUUGGUGAACAUCCAAAUGCAGUUACUAAUCGUUUUUAUACAUAUGAACGUGUACAAGAAAUUGUUGCGUUCAUUCAAAAUAUUGUUCCAACAAAACCUGAAGUUGCUAUUAUAUGUGGUUCUGGUCUCGGUGGUUUAGCUGAAUUAGUUACCAACAAAACUGUUAUUCCUUAUGCUAACAUCCCACAUUUUCCUCGAUCAACAGUUGUUGGUCAUCGAAGCAACCUUAUUUUUGGAAUAUUAAAUGGAGUUUCUGUUGUUUGCAUGCAAGGUCGAUUUCAUCCUUAUGAAGGAUAUAGUACAGCAGCAUGUGCUUUUCCAGUUCGAGUCAUGCAUAUGCUUGGAGCAAAUACAUUAAUUGUUACUUGUGCUGCUGGUGGUGUUAAUAAAAAUUAUGAUGUUGGUGAUAUCAUGUUGAUUAAAGAUCAUUUGAAUUUUCCAAGGCCACGUUUUCCACCUGUUGGCCAUGCAUAUGAUCGCCAAUAUUCAUCUCAAAUGAAACAAAUUGCUAGUAAACAUAAUCUUGAAUUACGUGAAGGAGUCUAUUGUGGAUUAGGUGGACCUUGCUAUGAAACUAUAGCAGAAAUCAAUAUGCUUAGAUCGCUUGGGGGCGACUCUGUUGGCAUGUCAAUAGUACAUGAAGUUACAUUAGCAGCUCAUUGUGGCUUUCGUAUACUUGGUCUUGCAUUAAUUACAAAUAAAUGUUUAUCAGAAUAUGAUUCAACAGUUGAAGCUGUUCAUGAAGAAGUUAUUCGUAUAAGUGAAUUGAAAGCCAAUGAAUUACAACAACUUAUUUUGGAUUUUGUUGGUGCGAUUAAAACGGAUCAAAAAUAA